AUGGCUUCGCUGACAAGCACCUCGUCUCUUGCUCCCCAUCGGUCAGAGCUUCUGCAAGUCAGUGGCUCCAACGUCCCACUUGUCACCGUCAAUACUGUUCGAGAUGAAGCAUCCAGGUCUCCGGACGUCCAGACAGCCGAUGCAGUGUCGCUUCCUUUCCUUGUGACUUCCAGAUUUUCGAUGGGGGACCCUGCCAGAACAGAAUAUCACCAUCUGGACCCUGGCCAGUUUCCCAAGAUCCAGUCUGACCUUGGUUACGGGGCAUCCUUCAUUGUCCACAAAGCAGUCCUUGGAGACGCCAAAGCACAGAGCCUUGACCCAGCACCAGUCGCACUCAAACGUAUUCGUCCCUCAGGAUUUCAAACCCGCGAAAGCUUUCGAUGUGUCGUCACUGACCUGCUUUGUCUGACACAUCCACCUGUCCGCCAUCAUCCCAACGUGGUGGAUCUUCUAGGACUGGGCUGGGAGAUCUCUCCUUCCGUCGAUGAUUAUCGCCUCUGGCCUUAUCUGAUUCUAGAAUACACUGCAAUAGGCAAUCUCGCUGAAUUUCAAGAAAGUCAUGGCCCUCUUCCUUACCGGCAGAAGGAAACACUCUCCCAAGACGUAGCCUCCGGGCUUCUGGCGGUACAUGAUUCUAAUAUUGUACACGGCGACAUCAAGUCAGAAAACGUCUUAGUCUUUCCAGACCCAAAGAAGAAGUACAUCGCGAAGAUUAGCGAUUUUGGUUUCGCCAUACUCGACGUGGACUUUCCGGGCAGCACCGACAAGAAGAUACGCAUGGGAGCAGAGAGGACGACCGCCCAAGUCUCCAGCGGUACUCGUCCAUGGACUGCGCCCGAAGUUGGCAAGACCGUCUCAUGGCAAGAUGCAUUCAAAGCCGAUAUCUACUCUUGGGGUCUUCUUGUUUGGCGAGUAUUCCUCGACGGUCAGAACCCUUUUGUUGCUUCCCAAGAUCAAUUUGAAGCCCGUUCCCAAACCUCAAAAGCACGAACAGAUGGUCACGUCCAGGCGUGGAAGGAACAAAAUCUCGUUCUCCCAGUGGCAGUGUCCUUCGCCCGAAGGGUCCAGCCACAGGGUUCUAGCGAUCUGGAAAAUGCGUUCAAUAAUAGUCUUACCGCUGAACCACGAAACAGGGACUUGACAAAGGCCCUUCUGCCUUGGACACAUGGACAAAGGUAUUUCUCCCUGUUGGACUUUUGGAUCAAGCAGCUCACUAUAUAUAUCAGUGGUCUCUACACAGGCCUCCGCCGCAAAAUGCCUCUGAAUAGGAUUGCUCUCUAUCAGCUUCAGAUGUACCAUCCUCGCCUCAGACAACAGUUUCUCCGCGAUCUUGAUGGCCUUGGAAAACUCUCAUCUCCCCUCGUUGAGGACGAUGCCAUGUUUUGCCCGACUAACAUUGCCUCCAUGACAGUGGCAGAAUACCACAUUUGCACCAACAACUUGGGCCUUGCCUAUAACCAUAUGGUUCGGGCGGCGAGGAGAGGUUUGACGCACGCCCAGGCUAUAGUUGCCCAGCUCGAGCCAUACCACGGCGUCUUCGAAUCACCGAUUGAUAUUGGCGACUUUCCUACCGAACUCACCAUCAAAUCAGGCAAGCCUCCUGCGAGGGCCUUGAAAUGGGCCUUCUCGGCCGCUUGUCUCGGUUCGUUGUCGGCGCUUCUGGUAUUGAGAGACCACAACCCAGACGACUAUGAGGCAGCAUUGCGCACAGUGAGAUCCUCACGCCUGGGUGGCAUACAGGCUCUGUCCCUUUGGACUAGUGCAGAUCUCCACUCUUCAAAAGCCAACGGCCGGAUGAUGGCAUCCCCCGAGUCCAAGGAGCAGCUCAUGUUCGGAAUUCACCUAAGGCUCGACGAGUUGGAUGAAUGGGUCGUGGCGGGGCCCAGAAUCGGUCGGAGAAUUUCUGCAUUACACGUUGCAAGUGCAAAGGGUCUUCCACAGGCGAUCCGGAAGUUGAUAGAACGUGGUGAGGAUGUCAACAGUCAGAUGUGCCCCGAGCGCUGCACACCUCUCCUAUUGGCCUGCAUCAGUGGUUCGUUUGAGGCGGUCCAAGAGCUCAUCAAAAACGGCGCAGAUCCCACCAUUGGCAAUGAGGACGAGGAAACUCCGAUGCACUGGCUGAGCUCAUUUGACGAUGACCAGAUCCUGCCGGCUGCGAAGGUGUUGUUUUCGGAAAAGAGCCAAUUGUCAGCCCUGGCUGUUGGGGCAGCCAUUGUAGCUGAGGGCUUCAACACGGAUCUUGCCAUGACCUCGGGCACACCACUGCAUCGAGCUAUCGGAAAGCGAAACAUCCACGCAGUGCGCGCACUGCUGGAUCUAGGAGCCGAUCCGCAUUUGCGGAACCGUGACGGGGCCACUGCAUUGGGCCUGGCGACAAAACUCCAUUUGACCGCCAUCAUGCAGCUUCUACAUUCACGGAUGAAGCCGUACAAACCAAACCAAGACCAUGGCCCGAACUUGCGGUUGUUCAACUUUGCCAUCAAUGGUGCUACGCCCUUGGCUCUGUUCCAGAUCCACGGGGAUCACUGGCUGGACAAUGCAAAAGAGACAUUGGUCUUACUACUCAGUUUUGGUGAGAGUCUGUACGGGUACGGCGGCGAAGACAAUUUCAUCAAGAAUACCAUUAGCACUGGCAACUACCAGAUGACCAAAGUGCUGCUUGAAAACGGCGCGACGGAGCACAUGGAAAAGAAUGAACUCCAAUUUGGUGGCACCACAGCCCUGCAUGUGGCGUUGGAGCUGGGACAGCAGCAUAUCUUUAUGGAACUCCUCAAGCAUGGCGCCAUGGUCGAGACGCCGCUCUUGCCCGCAAACCUACAAGUCGCAGGGAGCAAAAUCCUUGCAGAUAUGGUGCAACACAAGUCCAACUACCUUCACUUCUGCGCUGAGACAGGAUGCCAUGUAUUCUUCGUAAGGGAAUUCAUUCGCCGAGGACUCUCCGUCAACCAGCCUGACUGGGAGUGGCACACGCCGCUGUUUCUGGCCCUCAAGGCAGGGAACCUCGACAUCGCCUCGGAACUCUUGAAGCACGGUGCUCGACUGGAUGAAGUGCGUGAUGGGCUCACCUUGCUAGGCCAGCUAGCCGAACAAGGGUAUAGUAUCCCGCUAGAACGCUUUCAGUGGCUUCUCGAGCAGCAGACGGACAACGAAGGCGCCAAAUUGAUCGCCAACCAGCGCCUUCGCCAGUCCAUCUUUCAUCUCCUCGCCCAGGACAAGCGUAUGGUUCGACAACCCCUUGCAGCCAGGAGGCUGGUUGCGUUCUUUCUCGAGCAGGUCCGCGAUCACCGGUUGCUCGACCUCCAAGAUGUGCACCUGAACACGGCAUUGCACCUUGCUGUCCAAUGCGAAAACUUGGAAAUGGUCAGGGCGCUCUUAGAUGCCGGCGUCAAGCUGGGCCUUGUGAACCUCGAGGGGAAAACGCCGACGGGCAUCGCGCGGGAAGGUCGCGGACCAAAGGCGAGAGAUGUGCUCAAACUCCUAGAGCUCCAUGGGGCAAACCCCAAAGAGAAGGGGCUAGAUCGAGAGGUGGCGGACACGACGUUGAUCAGGUCGUUCUGGAAGGAGCUCGGCUUUCAAGAACAACUCGUGGCGUGGCUCGAUACCGCGCUCGUGUUGAUUCUGCAAGAUCUCCGACAGACGUUCCUCGAUCUCUUCCGGUCGGACGGGUUCCUCGUCCAAGAGAACCCCUGGAAAAGCAUGACCAAGGCCGUCUGGGAUUUUGUGAGUAUGCAUCCCGCCAUCUUCGCCAACGAGCAACGGACAAGACAGUUUGAGUACUCAGUCGGGGAAAUGCUGCAAGGGUUCGUGGACGCAGUCACUGUCCAAGUCGAUGGCGAGGAACUAAAGAUCCACCUCGUCAAACCUCUAGAUCGACGAGUGCGACGGUUUCCCCCCAACCUGCUCAAUGAGCUCAUUACCACCAUGGCACUGACCCCGGGAGUCGGACAGACCUCUUUUCACGAGAGAAAGGCGACAGCGACAGCGACAGCGCACGCAACUAUCAAUUCCCCGCCCCCGAGGCAAUUUGAGUUACGAACAAGACUCGGCGAAAGAGACGGGCAGUCUAGAGAGUCUCGAGGUGUACAAAUGACCGACAGAACCAUCAAAAUAGGUCCCCAAGACCAACCGCCCACGUCAACAACCACCGGACCUGUCGAACAGCCAUCGCGCAAGUGGAUUCGCCUCCGCCGGCUAGCUGAGGCCAGAUUCAUCAUCGAGAAACACGAUCUGACCAAGGACGGUCUCAACACUGGGGACGACACGGGGAUCAUGGUCCUCGGCGACGAUAGCGAUAUGAUACGGAGGUGCAUAGUGGACAGGUUGAUGGAGGAGACCAUUAUCGAACUGAUCGACUCUACCGAUGAGAAUCUGGUUCAUCGAGCCACUUCGGUGGCCGGCCUGGAGACUCUGGCAUCGGCCCUCGAGGAGUACAAGCGGUCGGGACCCCUUGUGCCACCACCGUCGUCACCAGCAGAACCUAAGAAGACGUCCUCGAGACCAGGACCAUCCAAGCCCUUGUCAUCAUCAUCAUCAUCAACGGCUCCACGCGGCAGCAGCAGCAGUAGCAGCGCGCCAUCUCCAGCUCCAGCUCGCAUCCCAACCCCCACCCUCAAAGUCAGCAUCCGCACCGACCUCUCCGCGGCGGAAAAGGCGCGUCUCGCAACGUUCCUGAAAGCAGGCCGCCCCCACACCAUCACGCACGGCGACGAGCUGGCCGCCUUGCUCUUCGACCGCCCGAUUCCCCGGGACGUGUGGAUCUACGUGUCGGUCCUUGAGAGCGCCGCCAUGGCCAUGACCUUCCCCUGCCGGACGGACAACAAGGGGAACCCGGUGAAGCCCAUGGACGAGGAGACGGCGAUGCUGGCGAAGGAGUUUACGCAUUUCUUCCGCAUUUGA